AUGACAAAGACACACGUGUUUACCGCCGCGACACCGUACUUCUUUGACCUUGCUAUUGAUUUACGUGACCACGAAGAAACGCACAACUUCGAUAAUAAUGGCAAUAUUAUCACGUUUCAUUGCACCUUUGAUGGCUGCAGUGAUACAUUCAACGACGCAAAGCUAUGGAGAAGUCAUGAAGAGGAAGCCCAUCCUGGUCGUUUCAACACUGGUAUUCACUGGAUGUGCGGAGACAAUGUUGCCGGGACUAAUGAGCCAUGUAACGUAUGGUUUACCUAUCAAGACCAGCAGGACUUUGUGCAACAUAUUAUGAGUCACAACGAGGGCAGACAAGCAUUAACUCAUCUGGACGUGGGAAGUCUCCUUCAAGCAUACUGUUACCCGGGACAUUACGAAGGAUUUUGGUGCAAGCUUUGUUUCAAGCCUCACAAAUUCAGGGACCACCAUAUUUAUGAAAACCUAAGGCGCCAAGAUCCAUUCCAAAACGUUCGUUUGGAUCAUAUCCAGCAGGAAUACAUCGACCGACCAGAAGCCUCGGCGCAAAGUUUGAGGGGAACACAAACUAUCACGCGAGGAGUUGUGAUAAACUAG